AUGAGCGUAAUCGAAGCAAAUUGGAGUUAUAAAAUAAAUAUCGAUGAAAUUGAAGCAAAUCUGUACAGCAAUUUCGAAUUAAGCUUAAGUAGUCUAUGUGAAAAUGUUCUUAAGGCUUUGGAAGAUGGUUUUCUAAUUGAAAAUAUUAAUUUUCAAGCCAACUUAGCUCAAACCUAUGACGAGGAGUUAAGACGACUUAUCGAAAGUAAUAAAGAGUUAAGACAAGCGAUAGAUUUAAAACUUAACCAGUUAACGGGAAAACAAAUGCAAUAUGAAAAUUAUAAGAAAGAUCAAAAACUUCUUACAAAAGAAAUAAAAGAAACUCAUGAAGCAUUUUUAAUGGCUAAGAAAUGUUUCAAAAAGUUUUUAAAAAUUUAUUAUACUAUUGAAUCUAGAAAUAAAGAUUCACAAGUCAUAUUUGUGCAGUUCUUUACUGAAGCCAAAAAGGACACAGAAAACUAUACUGUGCGUUUGAAACGAAACAUUAAAACAAGAAGUUAUGAAUUGCAAAGCAUCCAUCCUAAGUUAAAAAACUUCAAAGAAUUCCAAAAAAAGCUGGAAGAAAAUAAUGAUGUACCAGGUUUGCUCUGCUGUUUGAGACAAGCAUUUAUGACCAUUAAAGAAGCUAAAAAGAAGUAAGAGAUUUAGUAUAGAUUAUUGAGGACUAGUGAUUAAAAAGCUGAUCAUUAAAAUAAAAAUUUAU